AUGCAGUUCACCGCCGCCAUCGUCGCUUUCGCCGCUGCCUCCGUGGCCAGCGCUUCGGCCGUCUUCAAGGCCUCCGACUUCAGCGCUUCGUGCAUUCCCCACAGCGCUCAGUGCGUCUACGAGUUCGGCAUCAUCCAGGCCGGCAACGGCGAGACCAUCCCCGUCAAGUGCCGCGCCCAGGUCGUCAGCGACGGCUCCCUGCCCGAGAUCACCGACGGCACCUGCGAGGAGUCCUCGCGCACCUUCACCGUCGCCAAGGCCGACGGCGGCCUCGUCCUGACCGUCACCCAGCCCGUGACCCCCUCCUCCAACCAGAGCGGCAAGCACACCAUCCCCGCCUCCGAGCUCGAGGUCGAGCAGACCGGCGCCUCCAGCCAGCAGAAGUACAUUGGCGCCGCGGCUUUCGACCUCGAGUAA